AAUGGAUACAGCAUGAAUACAUAACAUACACACUUCACAACUACAACUUGUGAUAUCAAAAGUUUUGUUGAACUUCGACACACGGUGGAAAGUUCAAAGCUUGAACACGCAGGCAGUUUUUACAAAGAUAAAAAUAACAAGAAUAAAAAGGUAAUCACUACCAUAAUACAAAACAUUACCAGUAUUUCUUAGUCUCUCUUUCCAAAUAAUAUGUGCUUUUGAAUUAAGAACUCGGAUUUGAAUCUUGACACUUCCUGUGUGGCUUCGGCAAAUUACUCAACGGCUUGGUAAAAUCCCCAGGGACAGAAGCACCUGAUACGAUUGUUGAAUUUGAGGAGAUCUACAGUGUAAAACGUUUUUACAGCGCCCAAACACAGCUGCCUGCGAAAAACCCAAUUAUACCAACAGGCAAACGUAACAGGCAGUCGUCCACCCCGCGCUUCCUGCGGCCAACUUCUCCCGUUUUUUGAAAGCAGCUCUCUCCAUUCCCUUCCUCCUCCUUUCUUGCCCCUCCUACCGCCGUAAACCGCAAGCCAGAGCUGUCGUAAAAUCCUCCUCCCCGCCCUCCAUGUGGCGGAAACGCAAUCACGCUUGACGGCGCGGAGUGGCUGAGCCGCAAGAUGGCGGCGCUGGCGGAGGAGCAGACGGAGGUGGCGGUCAAGCUGGAGCCCGAAGGACCGCCGACGCUGCUACCUCCGCAGGCAGGCGACAGCGCGGGCGAGGGAGGCGGCGGCACUCCCAACAACGGCCCCAGCGGUGGCGGCGGGAGCGUUGCGGCGGCGUCCUCGGCCGGCGGGGAUGGCGGGAACCCCAAACCCGCGGUGGCCGUGCCCGCCGCUGUCCCGGCGCCCGCCGCCGCCGCCGCCGCUGCCCCGGAGGCCGGCGCCCCCCACGACCGACAGACCCUCCUGGCGGUGCUGCAGUUCCUGCGGCAGAGCAAUCUCCGCGAGGCCGAGGAGGCGCUGCGCCGCGAGGCCCGCUUGCUGGAGGAGGCGGCAGCGGGCUCCGCAGCCCCGGGAGAGCCGGACGGCGCCGAGGCGGCCAGCGCGCUGCUCAGCCGGGUCUCGGCCGCGGCCCCCGGCCCGGUGGUCCCGGACCCUCCAGGGCCUGGCGCUCCGGGGGCCGUCGCCGUCUCGGGCUCAGCCUCAGGGUCUUCGGCUCCGGGGAAAGUUGGAAGUGUGGCUGUGGAAGACCAGCCAGAUGUCAGUGCUGUUCUCUCCGCCUACAAUCAACAAGGAGACCCAACGAUGUAUGAAGAAUACUAUAGUGGACUGAAGCACUUCAUCGAAUGUUCCUUGGACUGCCAUCGAGCAGAAUUGUCUCAGCUCUUCUAUCCUCUCUUUGUGCACAUGUACUUGGAGCUAGUCUAUAAUCAACAUGAGAAUGAAGCAAAAUCGUUCUUUGAGAAGUUCCAUGGAGAUCAGGAAUGUUAUUACCAGGAUGACCUACGAGUAUUAUCUAGUCUUACCAAAAAGGAACACAUGAAAGGGAAUGAAACCAUGUUGGAUUUUCGAACAAGUAAAUUUGUUCUGCGUAUUUCCCGUGACUCGUACCAACUCUUGAAGAGGCAUCUUCAGGAGAAACAGAACAAUCAGAUAUGGAACAUAGUUCAGGAGCACCUCUACAUUGACAUCUUUGAUGGGAUGCCGCGUAGUAAGCAGCAGAUAGAUGCGAUGGUGGGAAGUUUGGCAGGAGAGGCUAAACGAGAGGCAAACAAAUCAAAGGUAUUUUUUGGUUUAUUAAAAGAACCAGAAAUUGAGGUGCCUUUGGAUGAUGAGGAUGAAGAAGGAGAAAAUGAAGAAGGAAAACCUAAAAAGAAGAAGCCUAAAAAGGAUAGUAUCGGAUCCAAAAGCAAAAAACAAGAUCCCAAUGCUCCACCUCAAAACAGAAUCCCUCUUCCUGAGUUAAAAGAUUCAGAUAAGUUGGAUAAGAUAAUGAAUAUGAAAGAAACCACCAAACGAGUGCGCCUGGGACCAGACUGCUUACCCUCCAUUUGUUUCUAUACAUUCCUUAAUGCUUACCAGGGGCUCACUGCAGUGGAUGUCACUGAUGAUUCUAGUCUGAUUGCUGGAGGCUUUGCAGAUUCAACUGUCAGAGUGUGGUCUGUGACACCCAAAAAGCUUCGCAGUGUCAAACAAGCAGCAGACCUCAGCCUCAUAGACAAAGAGUCAGACGAUGUCCUAGAGAGAAUCAUGGAUGAGAAGACGGCAAGUGAGUUGAAGAUUUUGCAUGGUCACAGUGGGCCUGUCUAUGGAGCCAGCUUCAGUCCGGAUAGGAACUAUCUGCUUUCCUCUUCAGAGGAUGGAACUGUUAGAUUGUGGAGCCUUCAAACAUUUACUUGCUUGGUGGGAUAUAAAGGACACAACUACCCAGUGUGGGACACACAGUUCUCUCCAUAUGGAUAUUAUUUUGUGUCCGGAGGCCAUGACCGAGUGGCUCGGCUCUGGGCUACAGAUCAUUAUCAGCCUUUAAGGAUAUUUGCUGGCCAUCUCGCUGAUGUAAACUGCACCAGAUUCCAUCCAAACUCCAAUUACGUUGCCACGGGCUCUGCAGACAGAACUGUGCGGCUCUGGGAUGUUCUGAAUGGUAACUGUGUAAGGAUCUUCACUGGACACAAGGGACCAAUUCAUUCCUUGACAUUUUCUCCCAAUGGGAGAUUCCUGGCUACAGGAGCAACAGAUGGCAGAGUACUCCUUUGGGACAUUGGACAUGGUUUGAUGGUUGGAGAAUUAAAAGGCCACACUGAUACAGUCUGUUCACUUAGGUUUAGUAGAGAUGGUGAAAUUUUGGCAUCAGGGUCAAUGGAUAACACGGUCCGCUUGUGGGAUGCCAUCAAAGCAUUUGAAGACUUAGAGACUGACGACUUUACCACAGCCACUGGGCAUAUCAACUUACCAGAGAAUGCACAGGAGUUACUGUUGGGCACAUACAUGACCAAAUCGACACCGGUGGUACACCUCCACUUUACUCGAAGAAACCUGGUUCUAGCUGCAGGAGCUUAUAGUCCACAAUAAACCAUCGGUAUUAGAAGACUUUAUGGAAGCUACUGUUUUGAAAAAAGGGAGUCUAAAAAGCAAAUACCUCAGUGAUUAAUAUUUAAGCUACAAAGAAUGUUUUUGUCUAUAUGAAUCUGGAAGUAUGCUGCUUGGAAGAUCUGAACAGGACAGCUCCACGUUUCUAUAAGCAACCACAUUUAACUAAUUUCCGUUAGUUGAAUAAGAGGUAUUAUGUUCGUGGAGGGAACAUUUAUGGUGCUUUGGAUUGUGUGGAAACUAUGCAUUUUCUGUUCAAAUGCUAUUUUAAUUUAUUAUAUUUAGAAAAAUUGAUUUAAAAAUUCAUCCUGCUUCAAGAUUCAAAUUAAGAAAUACAGUACCAUCUUGAAUUUUAGCUGAAGAAUUCUACGAGCAUGUAUGUUUCUGCUGUAAAAAAUGAAGUUCCUGUAUGGCACUCAAGUACUGUUAAAUGAUCCACUAACAUUUUUAACAUUUUUUCUUGGCCUCUGAUUAGUGGUAUGUAUGUAACUAGGUAGGGUAAACUACACUUCCUUCCUAAGAUUCAGACAAAGUACCACCAUCCACUAACAGCUUGACUUAGAUUUCUACCUGUUUGAGUACACUCAAACACUCUUUAAACCCAGGUGAAAAAACGUAGCUUCAUGUUCCACUUCAGCUACAAUGGCUACAUAAAACCUAGAACACUUGAAGUCAGUCAGACAGACAUUUCAGUUGCUUACCUCCAGUACUGAGCCUUGCUUUGGAAAACUAAGAGAUUUAGACCAAGUCACUGCCAAUUUUUGCCUUUGUUGCAUUUUGUACAGUUUUUAUAUUUUUGAUACUUUGUAAAUAAAGACAACCAGCUUUUCCAGGUUCAUAA